GGAUUUUUUGUGUCCAUUAUCUACUGCUUCUGCAAUGGAGAGGUCCAGACUGAAAUCCGGAAGACUUGGCUCCGUUGGACGCUUGCGUUUGACUGGAAGGUUCCUGUAGUUUUAGCGAACUACCGCUACGGGUCGGUCCUGAACAGCAGCGGCGCCAGCGUCCAGUCCCAGCUGACCUCUGUGACCCGCAGUUCUGCCCUCCUCACCAGCAGGGUGUACCGUUGCGCCGGUCGAACCAGUGUCAGCUCGCACACACACGCCUCGCAUAUACACACCACCUUGCCCGGGUACGUCUUCAGCAACUCGGACAUUGAGAGCCUCCCGCCUUCGAUUCCGGAGGAAAACGACGAGGAGGCCAAACACAUCGAUGACAUCACGCUCAAAGAAAGCGCUAAAAGCGUUAACGGCAUCACCGUACGACAGGAUGCCCUCAGCAUCUGUUUCGAAGAGAGUGGACAAAGCACAACCCACGUGGAUUCUGAUGACAUCAUAAAGAGGGACGAUGACGCCACCCCUAAGGAAAUCACUAAAUGCACUGAUGACAUCACGCUGAAGGAUUCUUUAUAUGUGAGGUACUACAGUUUGGAUCAAGAGAAAGAGGAAGUACUUUAAAAAGCAGACUUAAUUUAACGUGAAUUGCCAUUUGCAACCCAUUUAGUUUGGUCAACGUAAAAGGAAAGUCGCCUCAGAAGAAAGAGCUUGG